AUGAGUUCAACAUUUCGACAAUGGAAGAAUAAACUGCAUUGUUCACAUAGACAAUCGAUGAAUCAAAAUCAGUUGUUCGUCGAAGACGAGUUCAAAAAUGUACAUAAUGUCAUGGACAGUCUCGUGAAUGAAAACAAUGCAUUGAAGACACGACUUGAUCUAUUAGAAAAUCGAUAUGAACGAUGGAUCCAUGACGAACAAACUUAUUUGAAUAAACGUAUUGAAUAUCUUGAAAAUGAAAAUCAUCAAUUGCACGAGCUAUAUAUCAGUUACCAGAUGCAAAAUGAAACGUGUAUGCGAUCAAUGACGGAUUUAAUCAUGAAAAUUCUUUUAACCCAACAGGAACGAAGAAAAGAACGUGUUGAACUGUAUCAUGAGAACGAUGCGGCCCAAUGGAGGACGGAGCAACAGCAGGAUGAUGAUAAUCGAUGUACUACUAAUGAUCAAACCACAUGGCUUGAUCAGCGCUUGAUGAAUGCCGAUGAACACGAUCAACAAACAAGAAAUCAUUCAUCGGAAUAUCCCGAUCAAUUGUUAACACUGGCUACUGUCAAAUCUAAAUCCGAGAGAUCAUCCACUGGCCUGACAAAUAAACUCUAUUAUCUGUUAAGUAAUGAAAAGUCUCCUUGUGAUAAUCAACGUUUACCAAGUGUAAAUAUCGUUCCUGUUAAUGAUCCUCAUACUAUUCCUCGUAAACAACAAUCAACAAUAACAAUUAAUCCGAAGAAUAAGUCAACACCACAAUAUGCCCGAACAACUUAUUCUAACCAUGAAAGGUUAUCAACACAAACCCCAGUUCGUACAACGACAGUUGUUAAAAACACAUCCACAACAUCGCCUGCCAAACCAAUCCGAGUACAAGCAACUCCCGUGCGAGCAUCGACGACAACAGCAGCAGCAGCAACUGCAACAACUAAUCGACCACGUCCUACUAUUUCUACAACUACUUAUCAAAAGACAACAUCGUCAACUUCAAUACCUACCAAGCCAUCUCGACCGCGAUACACUCUGGCAAAGUCUUCUGAACCGCUACGAACUGUUACACCGACACCACCAACAAGCACACGAACAAGUGCUUCGAAAUCAACAAAACCGGCACCGGCUACUGUUAAAGCACGUCCACCACCAGUUACUCAUCAAUCUGCUCGUGUUUCCGAUCUUGACGCACUGAUCGCUCAGCGACAAGCUCAGACUAAAGCGAAAAAGCCAACCUCCAUUCCAGUCACUUCUGUGACGAAUAACAAAAUCCGACAAUCGCUGUUUACAAAAAAUACCGUUAAAUUAGUUCGACCUGUCCGUAGUCAAGAACUGAAAACAUUCAGUUGCCAUCUAACACCUGAAGUACCGAAUAUAGUUUCAAAUGAAGUCGUAUGUCAAACUAAUGAGUCGUUGUCAACGUUAACGCCACCUUCACUCGAAUCGAUCACUGAAACGAAAACCAUCGAGAAAAAAGAGGAUUCAAGUACACCAAGUAUUGCGCAUGAUUUUUCCGAAGAUAGCCUCAACGAGCAUCACCAUGGUCAGAAAUUAGUCGAUACAAAUGCAUCAAUGAGUACGAAAGAGAAUAAUCAUAACCAUCAUCUGCGCGAUCAGUCGUCUGGAAGUGAUAUUUCACCGAUUAUCCUAAUCAAAACUGAAACAUCAGCUGACUCGGCGUAUUGUAAUGGUUCGCUAGAUCGUGAAGAAACGAACACAAGCGACGGAUAUUUUCUCCUACCGGAUGAUCAAUUAACUUCAAAAGACAAUCCGUAUUCGACGAAAUCUUCAUCUGUAUCACAGAAAUCAGUCGUACAUCGAUUAGUCUUUCCCGGUCGACUCGGUCGAAUGAUAUUCUUUCGUCGCAUCUUAUCCGAUUCGGAUAUCUAUCAAAAAAUCUGCUCCAAAGACUCGGAAAUUACUCAUAAUGUCUACCAUUUAGAUACAAUACGGGAUUACUCAAUGGAAUUUUACAUGUUAACUACAUAUGCUUCCGAUUCACAGUUGCACGCUUGGAUUGAUUGUAGUGAUGAUGAACUUGUGAAUAAUGUGUGCCAUUUCGAUGANUAUCCCGUCGUUCACGUUCUUCUUCUUGAAGUUUAA